AUGACUAUGCAGUUUAUGGCACCCAGUCAUGAAGGGUACCAGCUUUCAGAAGAGGAAGGAGAACUGCAACAGCAAAGUGAACCACGCCUUUGCAGUGUGUCCUGGAGGUUUUGUUUUUUGCUGAGGCGAGGACCCUUUUUGUCAGAAACGGAGGACAGUGCUUCUUCCUCCAUGAGAACAAAGAAAGAGUCUUUUGUAACUGAAAGCUCAUCUCCAUCCAGAGCCAACUCUGUGACCCCAGAAAAUGAUUUUUCUGUUUGUGCAAGGGCCAGGUCAAAACUGCAUCAUGACAAGAAGAUUGCAAAGUCACUUGCUGUAAUUGUGUGUGUCUUUGCCAUUUGCUGGGCCCCAUAUACUUUACUAAUGAUUAUUCGUGGAGCCUGCCAAGGAAAAUGUGUCCAUCCAAUUCUAUAUCAAAUUACCUUUUGGCUUUUGUGGAUCAAUUCCUCUUUGAACCCAUUCCUCUACCCUCUCUGUCAUGAUAAAUUUCGAAUGGCUUUUAUGAAAAUAUUAUGUCCCAAAAAGUUGGCAAUAUUGAGAUCAGGCUCUUGUUAG